AUGGCCGCACGUACCUGGACUGCCACGUGGCGCAAGACCUUAGGCUGGGAAGAAGGUGGCGCAGGCAAGCGCGCGAGCAUAGCGCGCGGCCUCUGGUGCUAUUGCGCGCUGCUCUCUGCGGCUCUGCUCAUGAUCUAUGCAGUGUGCCGAAGCACUAGAGAAGCGGGGCGGUGGGUCAGCUCUCGUUCCAGGCAGUUUACGGAGCAUCCUUUCAUCGCGUCCUCGGCUGAUCGCGCUGAUUUUCCGCGUUCCGCUGGAGAUUUCACUGGACCGGAAACGUAUGCUGGGGCGGCUCUAACCGGACACGCUGAAGCCGGCGGAACAAAGGAGCCGUUUAACCAAACGGAAGCGCUCCAAGGAACGGAAGAAUGGUCCGGAAGGGAGCUCGACUGUAAAGAUACUCCUUGUACCCUUCCUCUUCCUAAGCAAGAUGGUGAGGGGGGAGAUCUUAUUGACGCGGGAAAGCAGAGUAAACGAGAGGAACAGCGGUUUGCGAAGUCUCCUUCAGCCAUCGGAAAAACAGGAGGAGAGAAACGUAAGAGAAACGGUGCAGAGACUGGGGCGUCACAGGUGGGACACUCGUUGCCAGAGCUAAAGGGUUCAGCAGUAAAGAUACAGCAAAUCAACGGCUUAAAGACCCGGGAUCCUAAAAUGGCCCAUUCUUUCGAGCAUCGGAGUCAAAGUGUAAAUUCAGAAGCAGGGGCACACGAGAACGACGAUCAGGCAACCCGGUCUUCUCGACCGGGCACGUCUGCCGAUGUUCCGUCGAAAACCGUAGGCACAAAUGUAGAGUUGCACGAGAACGACGGCAGGAAGACCGGGGCUUCUCACCUGGGCCCGCCCAGGGUGGCCUUCAUGUUCAUCUCCAGAGGGGUUAUUCCCACCGACCGGAUCUGGGACCGGUUCUUCAGCGGCGCGGCGAGCGAGGACCUUUACUCUGUCUACAUCCACUGCCAUCAGGGGCCGGGCUUCAAAUACAACGCGAGCACGACGGCCGCGCGCGCUUUCUACGCGCGCGCACUGCCUGACAGCGGCCCCGUGGAGCGCUUCCACAUCUCGCUCCUUGAUGCCGCGCUCCACGACGCGGCCAACCAGUGGUUCGUGCUGCUGUCCGACUCGUGCGUUUCGCUGCGCAGCUUCGCCUACACGUACGAUUACCUCCUCGCGGGGAACAAGAGCUUCGUCGACGCACGGUGGACCAAAAAUGAGUGGAACUGGAAGAAAGCCAUGCUGCCGGACAUUCCCCGGGCCGACUUCAAGACCGGUUCUCAGUGGUCGGCGGUGACGCGGCCGCACGCCGCGCUCCUUGCGCGCGAGCAGCGCUACUACGCGGCUUUCGCACGCGCGGGCCGGACCUCCCCCGACGAGCACUACCCGCCCACGGUCCUGCCCCUCCUGGACCCGCUCGGGUUUGAUGACCGCACGCUGACCCAUGUGGACUGGAGUGUCAAGCAGAAGGGCGGCAGCCCCAGAUCUUAUACACCCAACCAAAUCAAGCGCGAGCUGCUCGCGCGCAUCGCCUCCGCGGCCGGCUCGCCGCGCCCCAUCUUUUUCCCGCGGAACCCGCCAGAGCCGUGCCUGGUGGGCGGCCGCGCCGCACCGUGCUACCUUUUCGCGCGAAAAUUUCCAAAGGACACCGUAGAGAAACUCCUGGAACUGCUGCCGAUUGAGGGUUUAGAUUAA